AUGGCGUCUCAGGCAGGCCCAUGGGCUGCCGGCACUGAUGGCAGCAACUUUCAGCACCGGGAGUGCGUCGCCAUGCACUACCAGAUGAGUGUGACCCUCAAGUAUGAAAUCAAGAAGCUGAUCUACGUGCAUCUGGUCCUAUGGCUGCUGCUGGUUGCCAAGAUAAGUGUGGGACACCUGAGGGUCUUGUCACAUGAUCAGGUGGCCAUGCCCUAUCAGUGGGAGUACCCAUAUUUGCUGAGCAUUGUGCCCUCCCUCUUGGGUCUCCUCUCCUUCCCCCGCAACAACAUUAGCUACCUGGUGCUCUCCAUGAUCAGCAUGGGGCUCUUUUCCAUCGCCCCCCUCAUUUACAGCAGCAUGGAGAUAUUCCCUGCUGCACAGCAGCUCUAUCGCCAUGGCAAGGCCUACCGCUUCCUCUUUGGGUUUUCUGCCAUCUCCGUCAUGUACCUGGUGUUGGUGCUGGAAGUUCAAGUGCAUGCCUGGCAGUUACACUACAGCAAGAAGCUCCUAGACUCUUGGUUCACCAGCACACAGGAGAAGAAGCGUAAAUGAA